AUCUAUCUAUCUAGAGAGAAAAACAGAUAAUAAUAAUAAUAAUAAUAAUAAUAAUAACAACAACAAUAAUAAUGGGUAGAGCCCCUUGCUGUGAUAAAGCAAGUGUGAAGAAAGGGCCAUGGUCACCUGAAGAAGACGCCAAGCUGAAGGACUUCAUUCACAAAUAUGGCACUGGUGGCAAUUGGAUUGCUCUCCCUCACAAAGCUGGGUUAAAGAGAUGUGGGAAAAGCUGCAGGCUGAGAUGGUUAAAUUACCUUAGGCCAAACAUAAAGCAUGGUGAGUUCUCUGAUGAAGAAGAUAGAAUCAUUUGCACCUUAUUUGCCACCAUUGGAAGCAGGUGGUCAAUAAUAGCAGCACAAUUACCAGGGAGGACAGACAAUGAUAUCAAGAACCACUGGAACACAAAGCUCAAGAAGAAGCUCAUCAACCUUAUGAUCACUAAUGAUCACAAUAAUUACAACCAGCAGAGCAGAUCAUCAAUUACAACUACAACAACCAAAUCUUCAUCAUCAUCAUCAUCAUCAUCUUCUUCUUCUUCACUGCUCCUUCCUCCUCCUGAUCUUCAACAUGAUGAACAUCUCCCAUUUCAUUGCUAUCCUGCCCCAGACACUUCCCUUUCUGCCCUUGCAGAUCAAUACCAUCACCAGCCCUAUUCUUGCACUACCACCUUCUUUCAGAACCAAGACCAUCUUCAGCAGGGUUUCUUGAAUCUCACCCACUUUGGUGUUACCAACAAUGUGGGUACUAAUAAUGAGCCCAAAUAUGAACCCAAGCAAGAAGAAGAAGAAGAGGGUGAUUACGAUUUUCUUCUUCUUCAUCAGCAGCAGCAGCAGCAGCAGCUGGUGAUGAUGAACACUUGUUUCCAUGCCACCUAUGGGGGGCAUUUUGGGAAUUUUGAGAACAACAGAUUUGGUGAAGGUGAGAUUUUGCAGGAACACAAGUUGUUUCUUGAGUACUGUACAGGAGCUGGUAGUGCUACAAGUGAUGACCAGCAGCAGCAGCAGCUUCAAGGAAAUGAAGGGUAUUUUGGGAACAAUGCUUGCAUGAACAUUAACAAUGAUCAUCUAGAAACUGUUAAGAAGGAGAUGAUGAGGUACUACUAACAUUGCUGAUUGUACUACUC